AUAUAAGUGGUGAUAACCGAUGAUGAGAACCAUUUGUGAAAGGGAAAAAGAAAAUUAAGGAAGACAAUCUUAAGGUUGAGGAUGAAGCCACGAGUAAAAUCUUCUUGGAAAGGCUUGCUCUAUUACUUCUUCUUCUUGGUGGUGGUGGUUUUGUUUUCAUGCAGUCAAUCCAUUACUGCCCAGACUAACGCCACCACCGAUCCUUCCGAAGUAAAGGCAUUGAACUCAAUCUUCCAACAAUGGAAUGCACAAGCAGUGGCAUCAUGGAACACCACUGGAGACCCAUGCAGUGGAACUGCUCUUAGCCAAGGACUAUCGGAAUUUGAGGAUCCUUCUAAUAACCCAGCUAUCACAUGUGAUUGUUCUUUCAACGAUAACACAGUUUGCCACAUUACUCGGCUAAGGGUAUUUGGACUAGAUAAGCGUGGAGUAUUACCAAAGGAACUUUUGGAUUUGCCUUAUCUGGAUUUCUUGAAGCUGGAUAGGAACUUCUUCUCUGGUCCUUUGCCAGCAUUCAUUGGAAAUAUGUCUAGAUUGGGUUUACUAUCACUUGCUCAUAAUAAUUUCUCUGGAACUAUUCCAAAGGAGUUUGGAAAUCUCAAGAAGCUAUACCUACUGUCUUUGGGUAAUAAUGAUAUCUUUGGAAAAUUGCCUCCAGAACUUGGUAAUUUAGCCGAACUUGGAGAACUAUACAUUAACAGUUGUGCAUUAAGUGGUGAGAUCCCCUCAACAUUUGCUAAACUUAAAGACCUGCGAACUGUGUGGGCGUCUGAUAAUGCUUUCACAGGCAAAAUACCAGACUUUUUUGGUAACUUGACAAAGCUUACAGCAUUGAGAUUUCAAGGGAACUCUUUUGAAGGUCCAAUACCAUCCAGUUUAGGAAAUCUAACCUCAUUGACUUCUUUGCGAAUUGGCGAUAUAUACAACGGGAGUUCUUCCUCUCUUGAUUUCAUAAGAAAUUUAAAGAACUUGACCGACUUGGUUCUAAGAAAUGUGUUGCUCACUGGUAAUUUGCCAUCUUAUAUCACGGAAUUACAAUAUUUACAAAAGCUGGAUUUGAGUUUCAACAACUUAACAGGCCGAAUUCCAAGUGUUUUGUUCACUAUGAAAUCUCUUGAAUACUUGUUUCUUGGAAAUAAUGGUCUGUCAGGUUCUAUUCCCAGCCAAAAGAGUGAAACUCUUACGACCAUAGAUUUAUCAUACAAUUUUCUAUCAGGGAACUUGCCUUCUUGGGUAAACUCACGCUUACAGCUGAACCUUGUGGCCAACAACUUUACAUUUAACAGUUCAAUCAAUAGGCUUUUACCAGGAUUAGAAUGCCUCCAAAGAAGCUUCCCAUGCUUUAGAAAUGCUCCACGAUAUGCAAAUUUUUCGAUCAAGUGUGGUGGACCAGCGAUGAUAGCUGAUGGGAUAUCAUUCGAUGUUGAUAAUAGUACACUUGGCCCAGCAACAUUUAAUAUAUCCAGUAUACGAAAAUGGGCGGUUAGCAAUGCAGGCUUGUUUGCAGAAAGGCCAAUUCAACAGUAUGUGCAAAACUUCGCAGGAACAGUGAGUGGUACCAACACUCCGAAGCUGUAUGAGACUUCAAGGCUAUCCCCCGGAUCACUCAGAUACUAUGGCCUAGGCCUUGAGAACGGGUCUUAUACUGUAAGACUGUUCUUUGCAGAGACUGGUUUCCCGGAGCUUGCCUCACAGUCUUGGAAGAGUCUAGGAAGGCGUGUUUUCGACGUUUAUAUUCAGGGAACCCGACAACUAAGGGAUUUUGAUAUAUCAAAGGAGGCUGGUGGUGUUAAUAAAGCAAUAAUUAGGAAUUUCACCACUAAUGUAACUGGGAACCAUCUUGUAAUUCACCUGUUUUGGGCUGGUAAAGGGACUACUGGCAUACCAACAACCGGUACUUACGGUCCAGCCAUUUCAGCUAUUAGUGUUGUUCCAAAUUUCAAACCAUCUGUCAGUGGGUUACCACCGGACAAUCCUAAAAAAAAGAAGCACACAGCAUUGAUUGCUGGUGUUACAAUACCUGUAGUAGCAUUGGCUUUGAUACUUAUAUUUUCAAUUCUUUAUAUGAAGAGAGAAAAAGAAGAAGAUGAUGAUGAUGAGGUGCUUCUUGGAAUCAGCCCUAGACCAAACACAUUUAGUUAUUCCGAGUUAAAAGCAGCCACCGAAGACUUUAAUCCUUCAAACAAGUUAGGAGAAGGGGGGUUCGGACCUGUGUACAAGGGUACACUUUCAGAUGGGAAAGUUGUAGCUGUAAAACAACUUUCAGUAGCAUCAAACCAGGGGAAAGAUCAGUUUGUUACUGAGAUAGCUACCAUAUCAGCAGUACAACAUCGUAAUCUUGUCAAACUAUACGGGUGCUGCAUCGGAGGAAAUAGGCGCCUCCUUGUUUACGAGUAUCUUGUGAACAAAAGCCUUGAUCAUGCACUUUGGGGACAAAAGGACUUGCAUCUUGAUUGGCCAACUCGCUUCAAUAUUUGCCUUUUAACUGCAAAAGGGCUGGCUUAUCUUCACGAGGAGUCUAGGCCAAAGAUUGUUCAUAGGGAUGUCAAGGCAAGCAAUAUUUUGCUUGAUGCAGAGCUGUGCCCCAAAAUAUCUGAUUUUGGAUUGGCAAAGCUUUAUGAUGACAAGAAAACACAUAUCACCAGUCGCGCUGCUGGAACAGUUGGCUAUCUGGCACCAGAGUAUGCAAUGCGCGGUCAUCUUUCAGAGAAAGUAGAUGUUUUUAGCUUUGGUGUUGUUGCUUUGGAGAUUAUAACUGGUAGACCAAACUCUGACAAUAGAUUAGAAGAUGGUAGAGUUUAUCUUCUUAAUUGGGCAUGGACCCUGCAUGAAAAUAACCAACUCUUGAGCCUUCUUGAUCCUACGUUAGUGGAGUUCGAUGAAAACGAAGCUCUUCGAGUGAUAGGGGUAGCAUUUUUAUGCACUCAGGCAUCACCGUCAUUGCGACCGUCCAUGUCUCGUGUUAUUGCUAUGCUUGUAGGAGAUACUGAAGUGGGCAACGUUACAACAAAACCAAGCUAUUUAACCGACUGCGACUUUAAGGAUGUAACAGGGGAUUAUGAGUAUAAAACAGACACCUUCAUGGAUAAAGAAUCUCAAAAGUCCAAUGCAUCCGAUCAUAGUAGCAAUGGAAUCAAGAGUAAGAACAAUACUCUUUCAGGGCUAAAUGAUCAACCAAUACUCUCCCCAGUAAAUGUUUCUGGAUUCAGGGAGAGCAUUGGAGAAGGAAGGUGAGAGUUGUUUGUUUCCAUGCAUGCAUGCUAUAAUCGCAUACGAGUCUGUCUUAUUGGGCAAAUUGUCGCCAUACGUGAAUAAUGAAAUUUGCCACCAAGCUUUGAUUGAUA